AUGAAGGGCUCGUCGCUCCUUUCUAUUGGCCUCGUAGCCCUUUCAGCCUUGCCCUCGCUGGGCAUCAAAUUACCUAUCCUCAAACGAGAUGUGCACUCGUCUCAUGGGUUUUCCGCUGCGAUGAGGUAUCCCACCCAGAGAGCAGGAGACGAUCCUGAUGCCAUCGAUCUUAUGAACGGGGGCAACCUGUUGUAUUUGACCAAUGUCACGAUAGCCGGACAGAAUAUCACUGUGCAGAUUGACACCGGGUCGACCGAUCUCUGGGUGUUACCAGAGACGCCCCUCAAGAACUUGAAGCUCAGCAAUGCAGGAGUGGUGAAUUUGACCUAUGGGACGGGUUCGGCGAAGGGUCCCAUCGCAUUCGCGCCGUUCAGCUUCGGGAAUUAUUCUGUCAAAUCUCAAGGCGACGUUUGUAAAUGCGACGUCGGAGCUCGUGGUAUCUUUGGUCUUUCAUUCAACGGCCUUCGUACAUCUCCCAUCACGAACGCUGUUGCGAUCGCCAACCAUAACGACACGGUGUUGGGCCAGAAUGCCAUUGCUAACAUCUUUAUGCAAGAUCCUGAGCUGCCCAACUUCUUCUCCAUCCUUCUGGGGCGUGAGGGCGACCAGGGCGAGGAAGCCGACGGGGCGUUCACGAUUAGCGAAUAUCUUGAGGGCCUCGAGCACAUUGCCAAGUCGCCGCGGCAGCCCCGAGUAGUCCCGGGUGGAGACUUGGACCUGGCGCGAUGGGCGGUCAUCGUCGAGGGCAUAUCAAUCAACGGGACGAAGCUCGCACUGAAUUCGAGCUCUAAAGGGGUGCCCAAGGGUCAAGCUGUCGCCGUGCUUGACACAGGCGCAACCAACGCGCUGGUCCCCAAGUAUAUAUCUGACUUCAUAUAUGGCUCCAUACCGGGCGCAAUCUUCUCCGAACAAACAAACAUAUGGGCAGUGCCAUGCACAUCGACGGCCGACGUUCGUCUUGUUCUUGGCGGUCAGGAGAUAGCGAUCAACCCGCUCGAUCUGACACUUCCUAUGACUGUAUCCUUGUCAGAUAACACGACGAGGACUCUGUGUGGUGGGACUUACCAGCCCAAUGCCUUAGAUCCCACUGGAUUUUCCGGCUUUGAUAUGCUUUUAGGCGACGCGUUUUUGCGCAAUGUCUACGCAUUGUUCGACUACGGCGUUUCAGAUAGCAAAGGCAACGUUAUCAAAAAUCCAUUUAUCCAGCUCCUCCCUCUCACCAACCCCGUCAAAGAUGGGACGGAAUUCUUCAAGAACCGUCUCCACACCCUCUCGCAGUCACCCCCAGAGGCGACGCCUGAAGAAAUCAGACAGCUAUUGGGAGACAGCAGCGCGGGAGGAACAAGCUCUCCUGAUACCUCCUCGUCGUCUGGUGCUUCUUCCUCCUUGGACAAGUCGGUGGGGAAUGCCGUCACCACCUCCGACUCUGGAGACUCCAGCCUCUCGACACUCGUCAGCCGCAUGGACCAGUGGAGCCCGGUCAUCGUCGGCUUGCUGGCGGGCAACCUGGUCGUGGGCAUCGUGAUCUGCAUCCUCGCACUGUCCAUGUGCGUGCGCCGCGGCGCCACGAGCGUGGGCACGCGGGCGCGCACCGCGUCGCCUAGCUAUGUGCCCGUGCGAUUCAAAGAAGACUCAGCGCUUAGGGAAGAGGAGGUUCUCGCUGCGAGAUACAGCGAUUGA